CCGGAGCCGCCCGACAGCGGGGACGCGGUGACGAGGAUUUGUCCGUGCGGGUCCCUUCUCCCCCCCCUGCGCCUGGAGCCGGGCCGGUCCGAUGGCCGGGGAGGAUUUUAGGAAGAGUUCUGCCAGGUGAGCAGUGGGUAUGGAUAUUGACAGCGUGUUCUCAGGCUCUUCUCUGCAGAGCCUUGCCAAACUGCUCCGUGAUGCUCCAGAAGAGGAUGAUGAUAAUGAUGAUGACGAUGAUGUGCCACGCUGUUCUGUUGGUUCCAUGACUCCUGGAAGUGUUGGACCAGUAAAGAAAGAAACCACCAGUACUUUUCAAGUGAAAUCUGAAAACAAGAAAACCAUUUGGAAUACAGAGGAGGUCCCAGAAGGAUCUGAAUUUGAUGAUACCUGGGACCCUAGAGAAAAGCCAGAGUAUGAGAUUUCAUUCAAGCAGCAUGUGGGAACAGAGGAUGUCUUCUUUGGGAUGACUGGGAAAGACCCCUCCACUGCCUGCUGUGAAGAUAUAGUGAUUAAAAUCAAGCUGCCAGAGACAAAGUACUCAGACAUCACAUUAGACAUCCAGGACAAGGUUCUUGACCUUCGAACUCCCAAAAAGAAGCUGCUGCUGCACCUCCCCUACCCUGUGAACAGCAAGGAGGGUAGAGCUCGUUUUCUCUCUGAAGAGGAGAUCUUGGAAGUCACCUUGAGAGUAUCAAGGAAGUUUGAUUUCAUGAAUUUUUCUGAUGGAUAGAGAGAUGGAUAGAGAAAGUUUGCAAAAAGUAAUGUUUUAGUUUGAAGUCUUUUGGAAACCCAGCUUGUUCUGAAAUAGUAGAUUUUUUUCCCUUGAACAGUCCAGGGGAAUGUCUCUGGAGAAAUGAGUCAGGAGGAACACAGUUCCCACAGGUUCUAACAGCUGAUGCUGUCUGGCUCUUACACUGCCCUGGUUAACUUUGUGCUUCCUUCAGUCUGACACAGACCCUGUGAAUCAGAAAGUGGAAGAUUUCAGUUCUGUAAGCCAGAGAAAGCCUUUUGUAUGGCUGUGGCUGAGAAGUAGCACAGUGAGGCUCUGGACAAUGAGUCUGGUGCUUUGGUACCAUUUCAAGACUUGCAGUGUCCUUGAAAUGUGCCAAUGUCCUUGCUCGGUCUCCAGUGCUGGGAGUGGGGCCAGUUCAGAAUCUUCUCUUGCCUAUUUCUUGGUGAGAAGAUCAAAGUUCUUCUCUUCCUCCACAUCUGAGGCUCUUUUAUACUGGCAGAACAAGUUAACCAGCUAUAGUUGGAUUGCUGAACAUCUCAGCUCUUUUGAACAGUUUUUUGACAAUUUAUGGUUCAGUGUUGUCUAUUCAUCUGCUGUCCCUCCACCUAUUUUUCUGAUCUUUCUUGAUUAAUAAAAUAAGAGGUUCUAAGGAACAGUUCCAAUUA